AUGAUCAAUGAAAACCUUAAAAAUGUCAGAGGCGAUGAAUCGAAUGCUGAACUUUCACCAUCGAAACGAAUUCGUCUCGACGAAGAUGACGACACUGAGAAAGAUUUCAAUUGGAUGCCAAUACCAAUUCUUGAUCCAAUAAAGGAUAUCGAACGCGUUCAUUGCCCUUCGAUCGAACAGUUUCUCACGUGUUAUAUUCAAGCGAAAAAGCCGGUGAUUCUCGUCGGAUGUAUGGAUCAUUGGCCAGCGAUGCAGAAAUGGAGCUUCGAUUAUUUGAUUCAGUUAGCGGGUGACCGAACAGUACCAAUCGAAUUGGGUAGUCGUUAUUCCGAUGAUGAUUGGACGCAGAAAUUAAUGACAAUUGCUGAUUUUGUCAAUCAAUACUGUAAACAAAGAUCAUCAAGACGUGGUUAUCUAGCUCAACAUCCUCUACUAGAUCAAAUUCCUGAUUUGAAGAAAGAUAUUUGUAUACCAGAUUAUUGCUAUAUCAGCUCCGAUGAAAAUGAAGACGAAGACAUCGAUCUCAAUGCAUGGAUUGGACCAAAGCAGACUAUUUCGCCAUUGCAUAAUGAUCCAAAGCAAAAUCUGCUUGCACAGGUCGUCGGAGAGAAAUACAUUCGACUAUACGAUCCAAUCUACUCCUCGCAAUUAUAUGCACUUGGUUCCACCAUGUUAAACAAUACCAGUUCGAUUGAUGUCGAGAAUCCAGAUUAUGAACGUUUUCCUCUGUUUAAAGAUGUUCCUUAUCUUGAAUUCAUACUUAAACCUGAUAUGACAGAAGAGAAUUUACCGAAAGAUGAAAAUAACACGAGCGAUGACGAAAUUCGACCAGACUUGGCAAAUACAAACUCAACAGGAGAAAAUAGUAGUGAUGAUAACUUGAACGACGACGAAGAACUCGAUUUCUAUGAUUUCAUCGAAGUUGUUUCGGAUAAAUUUGAUGAUAUAACCACUCAAAUCGAAGAACGACGAGAGGAUUCUCGAAAACGUUUACGACGAACUAUUGAUGAACUCGAAGCUCAAAAACGUCUUUUAAAAGCUCAAUUACAGCAACGUAUCAAUGUAUGGUCGGAAAACAUCAAACAACCAAAUUUUAUUCGUACUCGAGAUAAAAUCUCGUUUUCAAUCGGAGUAGCGAAUGCUUGUUUUUCCCCAUUGAUCGCCGGACGUUGGCCUCAUAUUUUACCGCUCGUCUACACCUAUCAAGCCUUAUUCCUCAUUACACUUCGGUUCUUCAUCUACAAACGUAAAAGUUGGCACUAUUUUGUCUACGAUCUAUGUUACUUUGUCAAUCUACUGACCUUACUCUACUUAUGGAUAUUUCCAUCAUCAAAAAUUCUUUUUACUGUUUGCUAUACCUUGAGUCAUGGACCAUUGGGCUUCGCUAUAGUUCUGUGGAGAAAUUCACUUGUUUUUCAUAGUCUUGAUAAAGUCACCAGUUUAUUCAUUCACAUGUAUCCACCAUUAACAUUGUUUACACUGCGUUGGCUUUUACCAAUCGAGCUUCAGCGUGAACGUUAUCCAGCGAUAGUUCACAUUGGUGAAACGCUUCAUACGAAAACCGCUGUUUUCUAUACGAUUAUCUUUUAUCUAAUUUGGCAAUUGUUGUACUAUGCGUUUAUUAUUUACGGACGUCGUGAUAAAGUAGCACGAGGUCUACGUGCAACGUCUUAUACAUGGUUAUUAUCAGAUAAGAAUGGUUUUGUUUCACGUCUUAUACAAAAAUUUGGCUUCGGCGAGACCAACGACGGAAUCAAUCGAUAUAAAAUCGUUUUUUAUUUCUUUUUACAAUUUGCCUAUAUGUUGCUGUCAAUUUUACCAGUUUGUUUUUGGUAUUACCGAAAUAUGUAUGUGAAUGUUAUUUUUCUUUGUUCAAUCUUUGCAGUUAGUGUUUAUAAUGGUGCUUCCUUUUACAUUGAUGUUUUCUCACAUCGAUAUAUCAAAAGUCUUGAAUUGUUACGUGACUGUGACGAAAAUGAAGGUACGGAUGGUACACAACGAAAAUCAGCUCAGAUAUCAUCUAAUACCAUUGAUGCCGAACAGAAAAAGCAAUCAUAA